AUGUCAGGUGAUCGUCCCGCGUGCCGCGCACACGCCGAGCUAACAGGCAGCAAUGAUGCGCUCCGCGCGCACGGCAUUCUGCCGCCCAAGCCGCCAUCGCGCUCGCCUUCCCCCGAUGUGCCGCACAUCUCGCAGGCCGACGCCGUUCGAGCAAUUGCGUCAACAGCAGAUGCGGAGCAGCUCGGCACUCUGCUUGAGGGUGACAACCUCGACUCGGACGACGAGCGGAUGUUUGAGGACUACCGUCGUCGCCGACUUGCGGAGAUGCAGCGUGAGGAGAAGCGGGGACGUUUCGGAACGCUCGAGCCGCUCGGACGGGACGACUUUGUCCGUGAAGUCACGGAGGCGAGUAAGCUGAACGCCGACGGAGAGGUUGAACCAGACUCGGAGCCAGAAAACAAGGACAGUGAUGACGAGGACGAGCGGCCCAAGAUGGUCCAGGCGAGGCGAUUGAAGGGCACUGGUGUUGUCGUCUUCCUCUACAAGGAUUCCGCUGGCAGGCAGACGAUGAAACGCUGGCAGGAGAUUAAAUGCUUAGCUGACAUCAGCGUGCCGCUGUCCCAGCAUCUGCGCCCGCUCCUGCAACAGGUCGCUGCCGCGCACCCCGAGACCAAGUUCCUCGCUAUCCAGGCGCAAAUGUGUAUCCCCAACUACCCCGACCGCAACGUUCCCACUCUCCUCGUCUACCGCAACGGCGACAUGGUCGGAAACGUCGUUGCUGGCAUGGGUCUGAAGGGCAUGAAGACGACAGCCAAGGACGUCGAGAACCUCCUCCUCCACUACGGUGCGAUCGAGAAGCCGUCUCCCGCCCUGCGCCGGAGCAACAACAGCGAUGACGACUCGGACUUGGACUCUGACGGCGGCGAUGUCGGCACUGUGAACGCGCGCUCAGGGGGUAUCCGUGCAGCCGGUCGAGGACCGGGAACAGGCCGGAAGCAGGAGGACAGCGAUGACAGCGACUUUGACAUGUGA